UCGCAUAUACAAAUAUUAGGGCUACCGCUUGCGCUAUUAUAGACCCGCGAUAUGGUCCAUUAUCAGACUACUAUGUUGAUUCAACAAUAACAACACUGUUGUAUUUAUUGAUGACUAUGUUACUAUAGUUAUAUAGGUUUAUUUUGGGAAGAAAUUUUGUAAUUUGAAUUCUGCAACUGAAAUAUUGUGUUAUACUCAUUGCCAUACUCUGGUUUGCCCAACCCACAACUCGGCCCUACUUCUACCCCUAAUCAGGUAACAAAUUAUGGACUCGUUUUUCAGUCUGUUCGAUCCUGGCAAUGAAAAUGAUAAUAAUACUGUCUCUGACGAGUUCACUUUGGACCACAAUCAAAAUGCUUUGCCUCCGGAACCGCAACUUGGAAAUGUGGAGUAUAAAUUGAAAAUUGUUAAUCCAACGAAGCAAAGGUUUGAACAUCUGGUAACCCAGUUGAAAUGGCGCCUUCGUGAGGGCAAUGGAGAAGCGAUUUAUGAAAUUGGGGUGGAAGAUAGUGGAAUUCUAACAGGGUUAACCAAAAGAGACAUGACAGCCAGUUUGCAGACACUAAAGCAAAUGGCGCUAAAAUUAGGUGCUACUACGUCUCUAUUGCAGGAACGGAUAUUAGAGAACAAGCGCAUAGUAACCGAAGUUCUUGUACGAAAGAUCCCUGAUGAUCAAAAUAAUAUUGAAAUUCGUGUAGCAGUACUCGGAAAUGCUGAUGCGGGGAAAAGUACUCUGUUAGGUGUACUAACGCAAGGGAAUUUGGACAAUGGUCGUGGACGUGCCAGACUGAAUAUGUUUCGACAUUUGCAUGAGAUACAAAGUGGAAGAACAUCAUCAAUUUCCCACGAAAUUUUGGGAUUUAAUUCCCAGGGGCAACCAAUUAAUUAUAGCUCCAGCGAGCUGAUUACAGCUGAAGAGAUUUGCGACAGUUCUACCAAAUUGGUGACCUUUUUAGAUUUAGCCGGGCAUAAAAAGUACCUCAGAACCACAAUACAGGGUUUAUCUGGAUAUUCGCCCCAUCAUGCUAUGCUAGUUGUAUCAAGCGCAGCAGGUGCUGUGGGAAUGGCUCAGGAACAUCUCGCUAUAGCUGUGGCCUUAAAUGUUCCAUUUUUCAUUGUUAUUACAAAAAAUGAUUUAGUUGACCCUGCAAACACUCUACAGAAUUUGGAGUCUUUUCUGAAGCAAGCGGGGAGCCGUAGGGUACCAUUAAUUGUAACGACGAUGGACGAUGUGAUAACGGCAGGAGCAAAUCAACUUACUGCGAACGUGGUUCCCAUUUUCUGCGUCUCCAGCGUUACUGGAAAUGGACUUGAAUUGCUUACGAAGUUCUUAUAUGUCUUGCCUCCUGGGAAUAGUUCAAAGGAAAAGGAGCGUCUUGAACAAGAGACCCCCGAGUUUCAUAUCGAUGAAAAUUUUCGUGCCGGUGAAGUUGGCCAAAUACUAGGGGGUUUAUUAACAAGAGGAGUUAUCGCUGAAGGCACGCUGAUGCGUAUUGGCCCUAUGAAAGAUGGAUCAUUCCAAGACGUUAGUGUUAAGUCCAUUCAUAGAAACAGAGUACCUUGUAGAAUGGUUCGAGCUGGUCAGAGUGCUGCUAUUUGUCUUAAUAGUUAUUUACCCCAUCUUCGAAACGGCAUGGUAUUGGUUGCACGCGAGGAAAAUCCACGGGGUUGUCUUUUCUUUCAAGCUAGCGUUUCGGUGCUUUUCCAUGAAACUGCGAUCCAUCCGGGAUUUCAAACUACUGUGCAUAUAGGCAACAUUCGGCAAACUGCAAUUGUCAUAGGAAUGUUUUCGUCAAAAUGCAUCCAUACCAAUGAGCGAGAUUCAGUAGUAUUUAAAUUUAAAAAUCAUCCUGAGUAUGUAGCGGUGGGACAAAGGCUGCUUUUUAGAGAUGGGUCUGGUAAAGGAAUCGGGGAGAUUACUCAAAUAUUUCCUCUUCAGAAUGACAAUGACUAAAUAUUCAAAUUCAACUUUUGGUUAAAUCUAGGUAUACCCAGAGCUGGGCAAGUAUUUAGGGAUUAAAUUACUUUUUGGCAGUUAAAUACCAUGUAUUUAACUACUUUUUCAAGAAUGGUAUUUAUAAUUGAACCGUCAAUUACUUUCUAUAAAUAAUCAGUAAUUAGUAUUUGAAAAUGUUGUGUAAAUACUUUCAUACAUGCCCCCCGUAUCCACGCAAUAAUGCAUCCAACUUUGUGAAGGCUUUUAAAGAUUUUGGAGUGUUCUCUACCAGCAGUUCUCAUUAACUCAGUGGGCGUUAAUCAGCUUCAGGUAGAUGCAGACGGGUCAUCUGCGGAUCUUGAUAGUGAAAUGGAUUAUCCUGAAGAUUAUGUUUCGCACACAGGACUAAUAAUGGAGAGCGGUGAGAAAAAAAUUGAAGAAUCCCAAAUUCAUUUGCCUAAACAUCAUCGUUGCGUAACGCAUUCGUGUAAUCUUAUAGGAACAAACAGACUUUAUGAAACUCAUAAACCAAACUCAAUCACUCAGAUGGUUCUGGUGAUGCACGCUCUGGUUCUUAAUAAAUGUUCCCAACUUUGAAAUAAAGCAGGACGACCAAAAUCAGUUGAAAUAAUGAAAGAUGUUCUGGGUCAUUAUUUAAGUUACCCAGCGGCAACCAGAUGGAAUUCCCAGUAUGAUUCGGUAAAACAAAUUUUGAUAGUUAAAGACAAAAUUACAAUUCUCUAUGACAAAUUAGAAAUAAGGACUAACGUCCUAAAGGAGACGACUUUGAUUAUUUAACGGAAUAUCUAAAAAUUUUAUAGCCAAUUGCAUUAGCAAUUGAUAUAUUACAAGGUGAUAAAAACAAUUACUUUGAGUUAGUUAUUUAUACGAUUGCCAGCAUGAAAUCUAAAUUGAUCAAAUUGAAACCGAAAAAUUUAGAUUUGUAAAUGACCUCAUAGAGUCUGUGUCACACGCCAGAUGCAAUCAUUGCUUCUAUAACCCAUCUCAGAUUUAAACUAAAAUAGGUAAAUUUAAUAUGGAAUAUGGAAGAAAAUUGGGAACAUCAGCGAAUGAUUAAGAUUCAAAUGGGCUUAGUGAGUUGCCAGCUUUGCAAAAUCUGCAAGAUCCCAGUUUCCAGCUGGAAAUGUUACAAUGGACAAAUAUCCUCUAGUGAAAGUGUUAUUUUUAAGGUAUAAUACCACUUUACCUUCCUCACCACCAGUGGAGAGAAUGUUUUCUUAUGCCACUUUUAUAAAUGAUCCUCGUCGCCUUGUCACUAUCAGACAAAAACUUUGAAAACCUAGUGCUAUGUGUACCACUGUAACUGUACUACUGUAAUAUGACAGUUGAGAAGUUAAAUACUAAUUACUACGUAAUUAACUAAACUAACUAAAAAAAAUUAAACUAACCCAAACUAAGUUUGUGUUCUUAAAUACUUGUUAACCAAUUACCGGCAUAUUCUAAUUAAUAAUUAGAAGUUAAUUACUUUUUUAAAUCUUGACAGUAUUUUGUAAUUGUAUUUAAAUACUUUUUAAAAGUAAUUUGCCCAGCUCUGGUUAUACCCGUAUAAAACGUUAAGCUACCCGUGUUGCAAGAGUGUGUCGCGUUUGAUAAAUAGGUAUUAAAUGUAAAUUAUAGGGAGCCCGGUUGAAUUGGCUGAUCAAACAUAUCUCAGAUUAUCAAAAGUGUGGGAUUUCUCAAGUAACAAUAAAUUAGAAUUAAAAGAAAAAUAUUGUCAAAGUUCGAAUCAUGUUUGUGUUCUUAUAUGACAUCUGUUUAGUUCAUUAGUAAAAUGUUGCAAUAUUAGGGCUAGUGAAAAAUAAUGCUGUUUAGUAUCAUGUACCUACUUGGAACAGACAACUUUAGUUGAAAAUAAACAACUGUGAUUGCGUAUAAUUA